CAAGUGGCUUUCAAUCAGGCCCAGCCGUCCAAUCAGCCGCGCCGCACUCUGCAUGAGGGGAAGGGGGAAAUCCCGGACAUUUCUACUUUAUUAGAAAUCCCCCCCAGACAGCCAUUUAAAGCUGAAAAAGCCGGACAUGUCCAGGGAAAGCCGGGAGGAUGGUAACCCUAAUCAACACGAUUCCAAUGGUCGACUUUCCCACUCCAAACUGGUUUGCGACUGACCGGUAGCUGUCUGGAGUUGCCAGCUUCCAGAUUGCAAUAGCCACCUGCUUCUCCACUGGCAGGGCAGCUCUCAAUCUCGUGUCCUUGCGCCGCAGGGUGAGGGCAAGCUCCUCACACAAUCCCAUGAAAGUGGUUUUUCUCAUCCGAAAGUUCUGCAGCCACUGCUCGUCAUCCCAGACUUCCAUGACGAUGUGAUCCCACCACUUGUUUCCUGAGCCCAAAAGCGGCGUCCACGGUGCUGAGCAUGUCCGUGAAUGCCACAAGCAAUUUCGUGUCGUACGCGUUACGCGGCUCGAUGGCAUCAUCGGACUCCUCACCCUCACUCUCACUGUCACUUUGGAUCUUAAGGAAUAGUUUGAUAGCCAAACGUGACGUGCUGGCGAGACUCGUCAGCAUACGCCUCAGCAGUUUGGACUCCAUUUCCCGCAGACAGAUUGCGCUGCACAGAAACUGUUGAAAGAUGGCGCCAAAGGUGGACGGAAACAAAGGGAUUUCUGGGAUGCGAAGCGAUGCAUCACGGGGCAUUGGGACAGGACCCAGAAUCCCCCGCACCCACGCUCCCUUCCCACAACCCACGGCGCCAGAACGGGAAAAGGUGCUCUGUGGGAUAGCUGCCCAUAAUGCACCGCUCCCAAUAGCGCUGCAAUUGCCGCAAAUGUGACCACGACAGUGCGCUGGGCAGCUGUCAGUGUGGACAGACUGCAGCGCUUUCCCUACUCAGCUGCAUGAAGUCAGGUUUAACUCACAGCGCUGUACAGGUUCCCUCAGCCUUGGCUACACUUGCGAGUUACAGUGCUGUAAAGGCUCUCCCAGCGCUGUAACUCACUCCCCGUCCACACUGGCAAGGCAUUUGCAGCGCUGUAUCUCGUGGUUGCAUGUGGGGUGGGGCGAGGCAGGGUCCCUGCAGGGGAGCAAGGGGAGCAGGUGGGGCUAUAUGUGGAGGGCUCUGUACCAGAUGACUGGCGGAUAGUUAAUGUAAAGCCUUGUUUGUUUGCUUUGGUUUUAAAUGGCUCUGAAGCAAUAAACCUAACUUCAAUCCCAAGCAAAUUAGUAAAGGACAGGAUUAGCAGACACAUAGAUGAACAUGAUAUGUUAGGGAGAGUCAACACAUUUUUUGUAAAGGGAAAUGAUGCCUCACCAAUCUGUUAGAAUUCUUAGGGGCGGGGGUUUCAACAAACAUGGACCAGGGUUAUCUAGUGGCUAUAGUGUACUUGGACUUUCAGAAAGCCUUUGUCAGAAGUCUCACCAAAGGCUCCUAAGCAAACUGAGUAGUCAUGGGACAAUAGGGAAGUUCCUCUCAUGAAUCAGGAACUGGUUAAAAGAGAGGAAGUAAAGGGUAGGAAUAAAUAGUCAGUUUUCACAGUGAAGAACAGUAAACAGCAGGGCCCCCCAAUGCAUCUGUACUGUGUUCAGUGCUGUUCAACAUGUUCAUAAGAGAUUUGGAAAAAGGGAUAAACUGAUGUGGCAAAGUGUGCAGACUAUACAAAAUUACUCAAAAUAGUUAAAUCCAAAGCAGACUGUGAAGAUUUACAAAGGCCUGGUCUACACUAGGAGGUUAUGUCGAAUUUAGCAGCAUUAACUCGAAUUAACCCUGCACCCGUCCACACAACUAAGCUAUUUAUUUCGACAUAGAGGUCUCUUUAAAUCGAUUUCUGUACUCCUCCCCGAUGAGGGGAGUAGCGCUAAAUUCGACAUGGCCAUGUUGAAUUAGGGUAGGUGUGGAUGGAAUUCGAAGCUAAUAGCUCCGGGAGCUAUCCCACAGUGCACCACUCUGUUGACUCUCUGGACAGCAGUCCGAGCUCGGAUGCUCUGACCAGCCACCAGCCACACAGGAAAAGCCCUGGGAAAAUUUGAAUUCCUUUUCCUGUCUGGCCAGUUUGAAUCUCAUUUCCUGUUUGGACAUCGUGGCGAGCUCAGCAGCACUGGCAACGAUGCAGAGCUUUCCAGCAGAGGUGACCAUACAAUCGCAGAAUAGAAAGAGGGCCCCAGCAUGGACCGAUCAGGAAGUCUUGGAUCUGAUCGCUGUGUGGGGCGAUGAGUCCGUGCUUUCGAAGCUGCGAUCGAAAAAACGGAAUGCGAAGAUCUACGAGAAGUUCUCAAAAGCUAUGAUGGAGAGAGGAUACAGCCGGGAUGCAACAUAGUGCCGCAUGAAAAUCAAGGACCUGAGACAAGGGUACCAGAAGACCAAAGCGUCAAACGGACACUCCGGAUCCCAGCCCCAGACAUGCCGUUUCUACGAGGCACUGCAUUCCGUUCUAGGUGCGGCCGCCACCACUACCCCACCACUGUCCGUGGACUCUCACAAUGGGGUAUUGUCGACGGCCGCUUCCUCAGAAAUGUUCGCGGACGGGGAAGAUGAGGAAGGAGAUGAGGAGGACGAGGCAGUCGACAGCGCUUUCAACACUGAUUUCCCCGAUAGCCAGGAUCUCUUCAUCACCCUCACGGAGAUCCCCUACCAACCCUCCCAAGGUGGUAACCCGGACCGUGAAUCAGGGGAAGGAUCAGUAGCUGCGAGUGUCUCCCGACCUACCCCGGCAUCCCCCUCCCAGAGGCUGGCGCAGAUAAGGCGGCAAAAGAAAAGGACACGGGACGAGAUGUUCUCAGAAAUUAUGGGCUGCUCUCGAGCCGAGGCAGCACAGCAGACCCAGUGGAGGGAGAACAUGUCGCAAUACCAGCGAUCACACAGCGAACAGGAGGACAGGUGGCAGCAGGAAGACCAGCAGGCGACUCAAACGCUGCUUGGACUAAUGAGGGAGCCUUGUAGAUGUUCUGCAGAACCAGAGGCAGGAGGACAGAGCCCCGCUGCAGUCUAUCUCUAACCGCCCUCCCCCGCCACAAAGUCCCAUCCCCCCCUCACCCAAAGUCCCAAGAAGGAGGGGCAGCAGAGGCCGUGAAAACAGUCACUCCACCCCUGCAGACUGCUCAAGUAGCAGAAGGCUCCCAUUCCCAAAGAUUUGAUAAGUCCUUUCCUUCACUCCAAAAGCACCUCAUCCAAGCCCCCGUCCCAGUUUCAUCCCCUAACUGUGUAGUUGUUAAUAAAAAAUACGUUUCUGUUAA